CAAAAAUAAAAGGGUCAACAAGUCAAGCGUUCCUUUUCAAAUCUUUAUAUAUGGCGACACAGCGAACCUUCUAUGGUUUAGGCUGUGUUUUGGCGGGAAAGCUGCAGCGGGGAUCGUCCAACGUCUUUUCUCAGUUCGCUAGGAGUCUCAAGAUGCCACCAGAAGACAAAACGAAGAAGGAGGGAACCAUGGAGGAGAAAGUCAAGAAGAACAGAGUGGAGCUGCACCUGCAUCUUGAUGGAGCUGUGCGGCCUUCCACACUUCUGGAAGUCGCAAAGAAAAGAGGAAUGCCGUUACCAGCUGACACAGUUGAGGGAAUCCUCCCCUAUGUCAGUAUGGACAAACCAGAAAGCCUGGUAGCCAUGAUCAAAGUCUUCAAAUUCUUCAUCCCAAUCAUUCAAGGAGAUGGAGAAACCAUCAAGAGGAUGGCGUAUGAGCUGUGUGAAGACCAGGCCAAACAUGGAGUUCUGUACUUUGAGACUAGAUACUGUCCACACUUCCUCACUCAGUCUAAACUAGAUCAAAAGAAGGAGUUAACCCCCACGGAGGUGGUUGAGUUGGUGAAUGCAGGGUUAAAUGAGGGCAGCAGGGAUUUUGGAGUCAAGGCCAGGAGCAUCCUUUGCCUCAUCAGGGACAACCCAGAAUUCUCUACGGAGAUGGUUCAGCUCUGCGAUAGGUUCAGGAAUCAGGGCGUGGUUGGUAUCGAUCUCGCGGGGAACGAAGUCGGCGAUCUCGCGACCAACACGGAACACGUCAAGGCCUUUCAGGAAGCGAAGCGGCUGGGUAUCCAUCGUACGGUCCAUGCGGGAGAGAUCGGCGGUCCCGACAAGGUGGAGGAGGCCGUGUUCAAGAUGGCAGCCGAGCGCGUCGGCCACGGUUACCACACCAUCGCCGAUCCACAGCUGUACGCUAAACUCAGGGACAUGAACAUGCAUUUCGAGGUAGGCUUAGGCUAUGUAGUGUUUAAUAUAUCAAAUUUGGCUCAUUUUGUUGGAAAUUUUAAGACAUCUCACGUCAAUUUUAAUACCUUUUUGGCCACCAUGCAGGUGUGUCCAGUAUCCAGUUACAUCACAGGUGCAGUCCCCCCAAACUAUAAGGAACACCCAGCUCUCAGUUUCGCUAAGGACGGUGCUAACUUCUCCAUCAACUCUGACGACCCGAGCGUGUUCCGGACGCACUUGUCACGGGAAUAUUCCCUCAUCCGAGAACACUGGAACUUUGACGACAAGCUGAUUGGACAAUUGAAUUUGAACGCUGCUGAAGCCUGCUUCCUACCACAAGACGAGAAAAACGAACUCAUCAAGCAAGUCAAGGAGGCUCAUGGGAUACAGUGAAGAGGAUUGUGGGAUAGAAAAUGUUGAAUUUGGCUAAAUCAGGGUUUUUUGUAGCUAGCUACAGCCAUAGAAACAUUUUACCUCACAAACUUGUACAAACUGCUUUUUAUGCAGUGAAUGAGCUGAAUAUACUUUAUCCCAGUUUACUUUUAAGAUGAAAAAUUAAAAAAAGUCAUAAUUUUACAAAUGUUUAAAAUGCUUUAUAGAUUUUAAUCAUCACUAAUAAUAAGUUUUACUGAAAGUUGCCAAAGUUGUAAGAUUUUUCCUACCCAAAAUUUUCCUCACACCCUAACAGGUACUAUUGUAUCUAAUCACAGCUAUGCAAAAUUUUAUACUCUUAUAUUUCUGUAAUUAGAGCUUAUAUAUGUGGAAAUUCCUGCAUGGAUUUUGCGUAACAUUAUAUGAACCACACCUUUAUUUUAUCUUGAAAUAUCUAAAAGAAUUUUGUAACAUGGCAGCUUAUUGGUGUAUCCAGUCCAGGAUGACACAGGGUAAUGACCCAAGUACUGUAAAUCACUUAAUAUUCGCAGUAGCAAAAUUUCGCGGUCUGAAGAAAAUGGACAAGUUUGUACUCUCCAAGCAGAGGUUGU